AAACAAUAUGGAAAGAUCACAAGAAAUGACCUUCAUCGUGUUUUACGUAACUUGGUAUUUCAAAUAAAAGAUGAAGGCUUCCAGGAGUUAAUUGAGAUAACUGAUCCAGAACAGAUUGGAUACCUUGACUACCAUGAAUUUUUAGACUUUUUUGAAGAAAAGCAUGAGUAUAUACAAUCAGUGGUCAUUGAUCAUGAACAGGAUGCAAGAAUCAAGCAGAUUGAAGAUCAAGCUAACAAAUAUGCCCAGAAUAGAACUGUUGAUGAGGUAAUUAAAAGGCUGAAGGAGAGAGUGAUACAACAGGCAGCAACUAUUAAAGACAGCUUUUUUGCAUUGGAAGAUCAUGGUAUGCCAAUAGAUGACAGCCAAUUUAAUCUACUAACAGAGAAGCUAGGGUUACCAGGUGGAGUGUUGAGUUUUCUGGAUUUUGUGGCAAUAUUGGAAGAUGCCAGAUGGAAUGAGCCAGGAGCUGCAUUAUGUAACAGCCCAAACCAUAGAGUAAAUGAUGCUAAAUUUCAUUACAUGACUGCUGAAGAAUGUCUUAUUUAGCUUAAUGAUAAGCUGAUGGAAGUGUUUGAACAUUUUGUGCCUGUUUUAGUAGGAGAAGAUGUUCAGUUGGUAGAUCAGCUGAACGCCCUGGUAACAGAGGAUACAGAGAAGGCAGAGUUACUAAAUGCCUUCUUUGCCUUCGUCUUUACUGCUAAAAUGAGCCCUCAGGAGUCCCAGACCUUUGAGACCACAAAGGAAGUCAGCAAAAAGACCCUGCCUCAGCUGAAGAGGACUGGAGAUGAGGAAUUCCUGUGCCUACUUGGUUUGUUGGGAAUGAAGCUGACCUCCACGUUAAAUUACCAGGAAUUCUGUCAACUGUUCCACAUCCAAGAAACUAAGGAGGUACCUCCUCGGCUCAUGCCAUCUCACAAAAAAAAACAGACGAUAACGGAUGCAGAGCUAGCUUGUGAUCAUGCUCAUUACUACCUUGUUAUCAAAGCAAGAACCAGAUGGCAUGACCUAGCAAGGAAUUUUCAGGAAUUUGACAGUGAAGGCAAUGGCAUUAUACAACCAAGGGACUUGAAGAAAAUCUUGUUCAGAUUUGGCAUUCCAAUCACCCCAGAAGAAUUUAAGCAGCUUUGGGCAAGGCAUGAUACAGAUGCAAAAGGAUAUCUUACUCACCAAGAAUGUUUACAGAAACUGGGGAGAGAGUUUGCACCCACUGACACAGGGCUCAGCAGACACAUCAUGGAAGACAGCUAGACACAUUUACAAGCACAUUAUAAUAAUCAACAAAAGAAGCAUUCAAAGCUGGAAGAGCAGCAGAAACAGGAUAAAUUUAGAGAUUACUUCCAAGAUUUCAAUAAGACUCAUCAUAAAGUGGAUAAAAAUAGAGAUGGCUAUGUAACAGUAUGUGACCUGCACAGAAUACUGCAAGAAUUCAACUCUUACCUUGAUCAUGAUCAGUUCAGUUGUCUCCUAAGCAGCUUAGGAAUCAACAUUCACGACAGCAAGCUCUCUUAUUCUGAUUUCCUGAGAGCAAUUGAUGAAGGCAGAGCAUCAAAACACCAACAGAGACAAAAGCAGUCUGCACCACCUGCAAGCUUUGCGGUGCUCAGCUUAGAACAGACCCUAAUUAAGAUAAAAGAAAUAGUUGUGUCAUCUUAUGAUUUGUUGUACAAGGUGUUUUGUCCAUUCAAUAAAGAUGAUACUGGAGUAAUUAAAGCACUGGAAUUUCAGCAAGUACUUGACCAUUUCUGCUUUAAAUUACCAGACUAGCAGUUCAGGCACCUUCUCAAGAACCUCAGCCUUUGUGAGGACUUCACAACUGAGGCAGGGCAAGAAGUCAUUCCACCUAAAUCUUCUUGGGAGCUGUCAGAGAGAGGCAUCCUCUCACAGAUACAAGAAGUAGUGACUGCUGGCUUUAACACACUUGCACAAGAGUUUAAAGAUACUGACUCUUCAAAAGAUAAUACAGUAUCAAAAGGGGAGUUCUGGGAUAUAUGUAACCGACAUUUUCAGCGGCUGACUGAAGAACAAAUGCCAGCAUCCAGUCGUCCUCAGACAACAACUUGUUCUACACCUACUCUUAACUAUGAAACAAUUGAAAAUAAGAUAAGAAAGAAAAUCCAGCAUUUCUGGAGAGACAUACUGAAAGUGUGCAAAGAGAAGGAUGUCAGCAAGUUGGAAGAAAUCCCAGUGUCAGGCUUCCUAGUUUUGUCACCAUCUGAAAAGUGCUUUAUUUAUUCUCAGAUGCAUUCUGUUUUCUUUCUGGUGUCCCAGGCACAGGAACAUCUGGCCUCUAAUAUAGCAGAGAAGUUCAAUUUGUGUUUAAGCAAAGAGGAAAUUAACUAGAUAACAACAAAAUAUGAUUUAAAGAAAAAUGGAAGAUUUGCAUACUAUGACUUUCUUCAGAGCUGUAUCCUCGCAAUGCUGAGAAUUCAGCCCCAGAUCCUGAGCUGCUGGAAAUCAAUGAGGCGAACUUUUAAAUCCUAUGAUGAAAGUCAUACUGGACUGUUAAGUAUUGCAGAUUUCAGACAAAUUCUUCAUGUGUAUGGCAUUGACCUAACUGAAGAGGAGUUUUUCAACUAUCUGGAAUACUAUGAUAAAAAUUUGUCUUCAAAAAUAUCCUUUGAUGAUUUUCUCCGGGCAUUCAUACAGUAG